AUGAGAAAAGUCCAGAAAGACGAAGGCGAAAGGGACUACCUUGCUGACGCCCUUUUCAAGUUGUUUGACUAUGAGCAGCUUGAAGUCUUACUUCUUGAAACAUCUGGCCCAUACAAGAACACCAACACCACCAAAAUCGACUAUGACAAUCACAAAGGAAUGUACGGCUUGUUAGCCAUGCUUAAGGAAAUUGCCAGUACAUACAAGUUUGCAAAUAUCCAAUCUUUUUACGAUGUCAAGGUUUUUUUCGUGCAGGCUGCCAACAAAUUCCAUUGUCCCUUUGAUACAAUUCCUUUGGAAUUUGAAAGGAAAAUUAGAAGAUUUAGUCGAAAACCUGAACAAGGUCAAGGAAGAGCAUCAAAUAAUCAAAAAAGAGUGGAUUAUGUCAACCCUCAACCUGUAAAGUUGACUGAAAGAAAACAUUCGGCUGGAAUGUCUUUAUACGGCCCGUUCAGCUCACCUGAGCAUUAUUGA